UCCAUGGCUCUAGUCUGUGAUACAUUGUAUCCCCAGGAGCCAGGAGGGGUGUGAGUGACCCCACCUAGGGCUGACUUUAUUGAGGGGAGCUGAAACUUUUUGCAAUGCAUCGAUCCCCCCCUUCUGUGCAGACAAUGGUGCAAACAAAUUCCUGGACUCUCUGCAGCCUCUGAAAUUUAGACUGGAGGAAAGAUUUGAAGGGGAAACAUUAGAAAGAAAAAUGUUCCCAUACUCUCCCCUCCAUCCUCGCCUCUUUUAACCUACGCUGGGCUGGCGGCAGCAGUUUUUUCUCCCACGUGAAAUCAACACACAAGAGACUGGAGAGACCAAAGGAGUGUUUGACAAUUUUUAAUUUUUUGGGGGAAAUGUGCAAGCCUGGGAUAUGACGGCAACAACGGGGGCAUGUCACCACAAUGCAACGCGACAUGGAAUGUGCAUUAUUCUAGCUGAACAGCGGGUGAUGACUACGUCUGAGCCGGAGCCAAUCGUGGGUUAAACAGUUGUCAAGGAAACUUUGCGUAAACUUUUUUCCCUCCCCCCCCCACCCCCUUGUGAUUUUUAUCUUACUGCUGGAAAACUAACAGGAACUAAAGUGGAAUUAAUCGCUGCCUAAAAGAUGAAGAUUUAUCGCGGGUCUGCUGAGGGCUUUUCAGCUCGGUCUUUCGGAAACUUGGAUGGAAUGCUAUAGGGGACGUUGUCUUCUUCUAUAUGGAUUACACGUUUGAAUGUAUUUUAACUUAUUCCUUGAAGACUUUUUGGUUUUGCCUUUGAAUCUUCUCCUUCGGGUUGUUUUGGGUUUUAAACGAUGGCUGAGAGAGAUGCCGAGAGAAAAGUUCGGAUAUACAGGAGCGUGUCUUUUAAAAAACUGGGAAACUGGAAUGCCAAAGCUUUUAGUGAAGAGGGAGGCACGGAGCUGCCCGGGAAAGGAGAUGUCACCCAACCCACAUGUCAAAAAACACAUCGUCCCCCUGCCAGAUCCCUCAGCUUAACUAGGAAGGUGUCCAAGAUCUCUUCAGCCAGCAAAGACCAGAAUAUCCCAUCCAUCCGGCAGCUUUCUCAGCGGUUGAGGGACGAUGGGGCUGCGAGUGACGAUGAAAACUUAAGGCGUGAGGAUCAUCGUCUUCAGGCCAGAUCUUGGGAGGGCAACAGUAUCGUGGAGCCUUCUCAGGGCGGUCAACAAGACUUUAUAAACCCGACCGGGAGCGAUGGUCUCUCCCUGGCACUGCCAGGUAAGUCGCAUGAUUUUCAUAGCCCAAGCCCAAGGGAAUCUCCGAGCUCAGGGAUCUCAAUAGAUGAAGUGAACACCUUCUGUAGUUUUCUACAGCCAGACAACCGGGAACUGUUUGUGACUGAAGGGACUAACUGGCCAAGUGUUACUGAAAUGAGGAAACUUUUUGGAGAUAGUACUAGGAAGGCUCCAUCCAGGGAAUCUUCAUUGCCCGAUUGUGAAGAACCGAGGCCCCCGGGCCAGCCAGGGUCUCAUGCAAUGGAGCCACAAAGACAUUGCCCUGUAGAAACAGUAACUGCCAAAAGCUUUAACCAUUACACCAAAGAGCAGCCUUCUGGCCCUACACACUGGCCCAAAAAUAUAUCAUCCAAGGUGGAAAGUAACUACUGCAGAGCACUAUCUGAGACUAAAACAGAACAACAUACUGUGUGUUUGGAUACAAAAGAACACCGUAUUAUUAACACUGGUCCCAAACCCCAACCUCCUCCCCCUCCUCCGAGAAGCUGUAUCCCAUUUGGCCUGAAAGCGCACACACUUUCAUCUGGUCUACCUAAACAAGAGGCAAGGCAGCAAUCACUUAGUUUACAUUCCUGGCAUAGUUCAGGCAAACCACAGACAGACCCUAAUAAUGUCAGACUCAAAGACAGCUCCAGCAUGGAUGAGCUGCAGAGGAACACCUUACUGCCCACCUUGACUAAUAGGAUCAGUUCUAAGAUCAGGUCCCAAGAAACCUCCUCAGGAAGCGAAGAGGAAGAUGGGCUUGAUGUCCUCAGGGAAAGUCUCAGGAAACACUCUACUAGGAGGGAAAAAGACUCUUUAGUAUGUGAUAAUAAAGACUCUGAUGGGGACGGGCACAACAAAAUAGUCAAUGCAGCAUGUGACUUUGAUAUGAGCCUGUCAAAUGUGUCGUUACAAAAUCGUGAUGCACAUUCUAUACCAUUACCGAGCGGCCUAGUUACUACAGCCAGGUCCGAUGUUUCUUUGCUAGAACCAAGCCCUUCUACUAAUGUCUCAACCACUACUCCUCGUGAAACCCCCAAACAACACUUUCGAAACACUUCAGAAGCAAGUCAGCUGGCCUCAGUGUCUCCUAUGCCCACUGUGUCUCGAGUUGCAAAAGUUAACAUUCCACCCUUUUUGCCAAGUCCCUGUGGCUCUAGAAGCAGCAGUAGAUACUCAAGCACUGAAACCCUUAAAGAUGAUGACCACUACAAUGCCUAUUAUGCUGGGCAAGCACGUAGCCUCCAGGGUGGUUUUAACAUUCACCGAUCGCCAAGCUUUGGCCAACAUGAAAGUAUGUCUCGACCGAUAGUCCGUCCUAGAUCAAAAAUACCAUCUAGUGUAGCCAAUCUGAGAAAUGAAAAUGUCAGUGAUGUUCUACAGUGUGACCUUGAAAGUGAUGUGCCUAAACAAAAGAUAUCCAUGUCAAACCCAGAUAUAUCAUCGGAUACCCUUAGCUUAUUGAGUUACUUAAAAUCAGACUUUUCAGAUUUAAAACUAAAAAACCGAGGCCAAGGGACCAGUGAUAAGGAUGGAGCCUGCUCCAGACAUGAGGUCUGCCAGGAAUCUUCUGGUCGGCAAAGUCUGGUUGGCCGAGGCAGAUCUGUGGGGCAGAACCGAUUGCAACAAGGGAGCCGUCCAACAUUAAAAGACUUGACUGCUACAUUACGACGCACUAAAUCCUUCACAUAUUCCGACAAAUUGGGAUCCCGAUGUGUGACAACACACAGUUCCAUGAAGCAAAGUUCAUCGGAACUCAUGCUUGCCACCCCUUCCAAUAGUGAUGGUAUAUUUUUACAGAUGGAAGAUGCUGAUAAUGUAGAAGAAAGCUAUAAUGCAUCAGAGGCAAUGCAGGACCAGUAUAUCCAAGAAGCCAGACAAGUAUUUGAGAAAAUAAAGCAGAUAGGGUCUCAGGAUGACUUUGAUCAAGAAGUGAUUGAACAUCUUAAAAGUGAAAAAAGGCCCAAAGUGUCUCAGAUGGAUGUACAUGAAGAUAUUGAUGGCAAAUGUGUGAAACCAUGUGCAUCCAAUGAAAUUGUGUCUAAUAGGAAUAGCUCCCACUUAUCUGGACAUGAGUCUAGCUUGACUGAUGAAGGCAUUGUUACCGAGGUAGAUACUGCACCUUGCACCUCAUAUCGAGACCUUGGCCAGAAACUUAAAGUUUGGAAAUCAACAGGAACUUCCAAGGAAGAAAGUGAAUUUUUGCAUGCCCAAAACGGAGACUAUCACACAGUUCAAUCCCAUGCUGGUAAUUCAGAAAGUACUCAGUGCUCCGACAGUCCAGAUAUGGCAAACACCCAAAGACCAAUGGAUGCUCCACCAACACCAGGAACUAUUAGACGAAGACGAAAAUUUCCUUCACUUGGUAAUAGUGGCACAGAUUCUAGUAGUGGGAGCAAUGGUGAGUCUGGGAGCGAGACCUAUAGAUCUCUGAGUGAUCCAAUGCCUCACCGAAGAUACUCUAUCACUGAAGAUGCUAAAAAAUUCUCUAUGGAUAGUAACCUCCUUGGGUCAUUAAAUUCCAAAUCUGGAAUCUCUGAUUCUUCAGCUACGGUGCUAUCUGAAUGCACAGGUAGUGCUGCGAGUGUGCUUUCUUUUAGUAGUGAUGGGGUUAAGGAUUACAACACUGUCAUCCAAAAUAUAGUUAGCCAACCUGGAGCUCUUGAUAAGGUCAUUGAUGAAAAGGGCAAUGGGAAGACCAUUAAGAAAAAGUCAUUUAGUGACCCAAGUCGUCGAGGAGAAUUAUCUCCUGCUGGCCUAGAAGACUCCAAUGAGCCUUCCAAAGAGUUGGAACAAUCCAUCCUGGCAUCUACCAGUGAACCCAUACUAUCGGAGCAAAGAGAUGAGUUGGAAGAAGUAGACGAGAUAGAACAGGAGGCAACGUUUCAUGCUCUACCAGAGCACCCCUCACCUGCUGAUAUGGAAGAAAAUGGUUUGGAAGGAAAUCACAGUUUAAGUUUUGACCCAAACCUUGUAAAUGUCUUAUCUCCCAGGGUGGUUAGACGUAGCUUUAAAAAGCGCUCCAACAGGAUCGGUAGCCAUGAUGGCAACAAGGAAGGUGAGGAACCGAUUGAGGCACUUGAGAAAAACAGGCAAGGAAGCAAACAUGUUCGACACACAAGUGAACCAGCAACAUUUAUUCCCAUCUCUCCUCCUGAAUGCAAAGUGUUAGGCCAUGGUGGUGCUCAUUUAGCAAAUUUGGAGUCUACAAGACCUCACAUCAAACACUAUCCAGUUUUAAUAAGCCCCUUUGAGAAUGCAUCCAAGCAGUCUCCUGCUAACAUUGCCAACUCUAAUAACUUCAACCCUAUGGAUUUGCCCAGAACAACACCAAGUACUCCAACCACAGCCGAACCAAAACCAUUGAAGGUUCUCAAGCCAGCUGAAGAAAUCGGUAACCGGAACAAGCCCUAUGUGGAUAUGAGGAAACAUGUCUUUCUGACCCUUCAGGACACGGAGCAGUCAUACGUGGAGUCGCUGCGCACACUCAUGGAGGGUUACAUGAAACCACUGAAGCAGCCGGAGAACUCCGUCCUCUGUGACCCGUCUCUGGUGGAUGAGAUCUUUGACCAGAUCCCAGAGCUGUUGGAGCACCAUGAGCAGUUCCUGGAGCAGGUCAACCACUGUGUGCAGAAUUGGCCGGACAUCCAGACUGUGGGGGACAUGCUGGGCGAGUCGUUUUCCAAAGAAAUCCUGGUCAGCAUCUACUCGGCCUACAUCGAUAAUUUUCUCAAUGCCAAGGAUGCAGUCCGGAUAGCAAAGGAAGCUCGUCCAGCUUUCAUCAAGUUCCUGGAGCAAUGCACUCGUGAGAACAAGGAGAAGCAGGCGCUGUCAGACCUCAUGAUUAAACCCGUCCAGAGGAUCCCACGUUACGAGCUUAUCGUCAAGGAUCUGUUGAAGCACACUCCUGAGGACCACCCAGACCACCUGUGCCUUCUGGUUGCCCAGAGAAACAUCAAGCAGCUGGCAGAGAGGAUAAACAAGGGGAUGAGGAGCGCGGAGGAGGCCGAGAGAGACACCCGCAUCCUGCAGGAGAUAGAGUCUCACAUCGAGGGCAUGGAGGACCUUCAAGUUCCUUUCCGGAGAUUUGUGCGGCAAGAGAUAGUGGUGGAAGUGAAAGCUGUUGGGGGCAAGAAGGACCGAUCGCUCUUCCUGUUCACAGACCUUCUCCUCUGCACCACCCUGAAAAGAAAAUCAGGAUCCCUGCGGCGCAGCUCCAUGAACCUGUACACCGCAGCCAGUGUGAUUGACAUCUCCAGCAAGUAUAAACUGCUCUGGAAACUGCCCCUGGAGGAUGUGGACGUAGUAAAAGGAACAUCGCAGACCUCCAACAGGGACAGCAUCCAGAAAGCCAUCAGCCGGCUGGACGAAGACCUCAGCACCAUGGGGCAAAUCAGCAAACUCUCCGAAACCCUCAGCUUUCCACACCAGACUCUUGACGAUGUCAUCAAAGACAUGAUGGCAUCCGUCCAUCGAGAACUGGCCGAGAAGCAGUCCCUCUCCUUCUCCAUGUCGUUCCCGCCAAAUAAAGUGGAGCUGACUACCACCAAAGCGGACGGCACCGAAAGCUACAUGUUUGAGUUCAGCAACCCGGACGCCAGGCUCCAUUUUGAGCAAGCCUUCGAGGAAGCCAAGAAGAAGCUGGCCACAAGCAAGAAUCGCUUGGAUCCAGAGUUUCUGAAGGCCAUUCCUAUCAUGAAGACUCGCAGUGGCAUGCAGUUCUCAUGUGCCUCUCCCAGUCAGAGCAGUCCUGACAACAUGUAUGAGGUCUGGGUGUGUAACAGCGAUGGUUACGUGGGGCAGGUCUGUCUGCUGAGCAUCAGGAACGAGCCCACGGUGGAGGCAUGCAUCGCUGUCUGCUCUGCCCGCAUCCUCUGCAUCGCCUCGGUGCCUGGACUGAAGAAGAAUUACAGCAGAGAGAGACCACCUGCCCUGAUGAAUCGGCCAUCGGAGCAGCAUCUGGAUGAGCCUCCAUCCCAGCAGUGCCUCCAUAUCUCCAUCUCCGGAUCCUCCCUGGAGCUCUCAGAACACACAGAUAGUGCCAGCCGGGACUUGGUGCCCUUUGACAGUGACGAUACAGACGAUGAAUCCUCUCCCAGCCCCUCCGGGACCCUCCAGAGCCAAGCCAGCCGCUCUACCAUCAUUUCCAGUUUUACAAAUGAAGAGAUGACAAGUGUCAAGGACACAAUGGCUGAGACCACCAGCUCUGAAGAAGAACAGGAGCCUGGGUUCCUGCCCAUCCCCAGCAACUUCAACCAGAAUCUGGACAGCGAGAGUCCCACUGAUGGGCCAGCAGUGAGGAGAUCCAGCCGAGGAUCCUUUACAAGGGGCAGCUUAGAUGACCUUCUGAGUAUUGACCCCGAGGCUUACCAGAGCUCCAUGUGGCUGGGGACCGAGGACGGCUGCAUCCACGUCUACCAAUCUUCAGACAACAUCCGGAAUCGUAAGAACAGCAUGAAGAUGCAGCAUGCGGCCUCAGUCAUGUGUAUCCUGUAUCUGGAUAAUCAGGUGUUUGUGUCCAUAGCAAAUGGAGAUUUCAUUGUGUACCAGAGAGAAGCAGGGAGUUUUUGGGACCCUCAGAAUUCUAAAACUCUGACCCUCGGUUCACCUGGAAGCCCAAUCACUAAAAUGGUGUCCAUCCUUGGGAAGCUGUGGUGCGGCUGUCAGAACAGGGUCAUCAUCUUGAACACAUCGUCCCUUCUUCAGGAGCACACAUUCCAUAUUGGACAGGAUCAGAACCGCUGUGUCACGUGUAUGGUCACAAGUAACGUGGGGAUGUGGAUCGCUCUGCAGGGAAGCGCCCAGGUUCGCCUUUAUCACGCCACAACCUUUGAGCAGUUGGCGGAAGUGGACAUUGCUCCGCCCGUGCACAAGAUGCUAGCAGGCUCCGAUGCCAUCAUCCGCCAGCACAAGUCGGCAUGUCUGAGGAUCACGGCUCUUCUGGCUUGCAAAGAUCUUUUGUGGAUCGGGACCAGUGCCGGGGUGGUUCUCACCCUGACCAUCACCUCCAGCACCAGCUCUUUGAAGGGCCCCAUCAGCCCAGUUGGACUCUCUCAAGGACACACAGGCCAUGUCCGGUUCCUCACAUCGGUGGAGUUACCUGAUGGAUUUGACGUGCACUUUCCUCUGCCUGGAGACCAAGGCAACGAACAAACAUGCGACACAGAAAAGAGAGACUCCACCCGACACCGACCAAAAUCCAAACUCCUGGUCAUCAGCGGAGGAGACGGCUACGAGGACUUCAGGCUCACCAACAGCAGCGAGACUGUGGGCAGGGAUGACAGCACCAACCACUUGCUGCUCUGGAGGGUGUGAUGACCCCACCACACAGCACUCUUCUGAUCUCGCUGCUGCCCAUUACUCCGUCUUUGGCUUGUCUUUUGACGUAUUCCAUGCUCACACCUCCAUUGCCCCAUCCAACAUCUCCAUGACGCAGAGUUCCAGGAGCCGACUCUAGAGAGGUUUAUGAUGAGCCCCAGGGGCCCUCAAGUCCAAAGAGUCAAUGAACAAAGCGUGGAAGUUUCGGGUGGUACGACAGGGUACAACUGCCAAAGUGUCCAUGGUGAUGGCCAUACUGGUACUCUAACGUGCCUACAGCUGAAUCCUCAAGAUGGUGGGAACAUGUCGUCGGUGGGUUCUUACCGGCCCUCGGCACCUUCUAAGUCUGCAAAAAGGUAUUAACCACUGGUGAGUGAGCAGCGACUCUGGCGACGUGUCCUACUGCUGUACGUCAGUGCUUUGUCCGCGUUUCCUACAGACACCAUAGCAGUCGGCCGGACCACUCUCGGUCAGGCCCAACAAGACCGAGCAUUCAGAGGGUCCGACUGCUCACUCCGAUUCUGUGGCUACAAAUAAACUGUGUAUAAGUGUUGCCGGCCCGGUUGGCCGCCAUUUAUUUUUUUUAUUGUUCUUAUUUAUUGUCAAGUGAAAAACUUGUGUCCUGAAAAUUUUAAUAUUUUUUAGUGAGGUGAAACGGAUGGCGAUCUCUGCGUCUUGUGGUGAUAGAGACUCAAGACACACUACCGACCUUGGGUUUAGAAAGACCAAAUUCAACCCUUUAGGAGCAACCAGUGACUCUGUGGGCGCGCUGAGAUUUGUAGUCCCCAUGCGGAUGAGGAGCUUACCCGUUGCUCUCGACUUGAUUCCAUCCGCUGAGACUCUCCAUGUCUAGAAGCUUUAAAGAGGGUCUGUUCUGGCAUGUCUGACUCAUGUUCUUCAUGAGAUAACAAUCCCACAACAACACUGGGGUGGGUCAUCCCUCGGUUAUUCCUCCUGCAAAAAAAUAAAUAAAUGGUUGAGGAUGUGUCCCUGCACAGUCUGUCGCCGUCGGUGCCGAGCUGUGUAGAUUCACACAAGGUGGGUGGCAAUGUCAAAUGUAUCUCCAGGAGGAAUAACAGAGGAAUAGCAAACAAAAAAACUUAAGCAGACCAGACAGAGAAGAUCAGACCGAAUUUUAUUUUUUUAUUUUUAUCUUUUAACAUGGCUGCUGCGUCUUUUCCACGUACAGUAUAUGAUCGAUUGGAUGGCGUUAAACAUUGUGCCUUGUGUAAGUAUAGAGGAGAUACAGAGAAUAUUGUGAAUGUACAGGGUAUUAAAAACAGAACACGUACUCUUGACUGACAGGGGGUUCAGAAUGAUUUGACCAGAGUCUAUGCUACACAAUGAGUUGUCACAUAUUCAGCGUAUGCCUCUUCAUUUUACUUCUGCUUGGGAGCUUAUGACAUCACCCAGAGACCAUUCCCCAACAUGUGAUUAACUUCUAAACAGAUAUGGGCGACAUCCCCUUUAAAAAAAAUAUAUAUAUCUAUAUAUUUUUUUUUCUUUUCUGUAUUAGCUUGUGCUCAGAGUGCAUUAACUGAACUUGACACUAGGUGGCGGUGCUGCUCUUCUUGUAAUCACCAGUCCAAAGUAUUGUCAUUUUGGUGCCUCUGUUGGAUGCCGCAUGCACCAAUUAAAUUUUUUAAUAAAUGCUCUCUUGAAUCGGGGUGUAUAGAGGAGAGGCGUAGCCUGCAGGGAGAUUAGAAUAUACACAGGUGAAAUGUCCGUUGUAGUCGAGGCUUGGAAUGGAUGGGGCCAGGUCCUCCUCUUGAGUGUUUACUCUACAUCAGAUUUUAUUUAAUUUUUUUUCACCAUUGGACUCUUAUGGAUGGACGUCCAAUAGUUUAGAGAGUCCGGGCGCUGCCAGCCUACCGGACUUCAAUUUCUACUGCUGAAAUAAGAGGAAAAUCGGAAAAAAGAAUGAAUUUUCUGAAGUAAAAAAACAUCUUUAUGUACAAAAUCCUCGAAACUCCGAGCUCCGUGUAAUAUCACAUUUUAUAGAAUCGGAGAAAUAUAUAUUUUAUUGCAUUAAAGUGUCUCCUCUGAGGAUGAUUUUAUCAUUUAUACCUAGGUCUAAUCCUCCGAGAAUGCUGAGUAACUUUGUACUUACCUUGCAUUAAAUAUUUUAUACUCCAGUCACAGCCAAAGCUGCAUUCACAAUUCUGCAGCCUUCCUGUUCGCUCUCGGGCUGUGCAGAACACUUGAAGUUCCUGCAGCGAGAGCACCAACAGGAGACCUGUUGAACUGUGCAUGCAGCUUUGGGUGUGACUGGAGUAGAAGGCAGGACGUAGCUGAAGAUCAGGGGAAGAGAAGUGUUUGUAUAUAAGUCUUGUAUGUGUAAAGUUACUCACCUUGUCUCUGGAUUGCAUCUGGACAAGCGAGGAGUCCUGUCCUUUUUGGGGAGGGUGUCUGCCCCUACAUAACGCCCUGUGCCCGCUAUUCCAGGCUGCGCGGUGUAUAUAUGUAUCUAUAUUCCCUUUUCAUGGCACUUCCAUGACACGUUCACUGUUACAUUGUAUCAUAUGAAUAAAAUGGACCCUUUAUUAUAAGAACCGA